AUGGCCGGUCCUAGCAAGUCCCUGAUCCUUGACCCAGCCCUUCAGAAAUACUACGAACUCAACGCAAACCGCUACAAGUACUUCCGGUGGACGCCGCGCCAUGCAUGGUUUUCGUUCCUUUAUAUGGCUCUGAUCCCGGGUACCCUGGGCUACAUCGCAUACAAGACAGAGGGUAAAUACGAGCUGCGUGGGAAGAGGAAAGGAGAUACCAUUGUGGAAUGGUAA